CUUCCCUUCUGAUCAUGUUAAAAACAUGCAGAGAAUGAUAUGACCAGAAUUAACGUGUACUAGAUCGAAGAGACGAAUGCUACAUCUAUUGACCCGGCUGCCUGUGAGUCUGUACUUCAACACAAUGCGACUACACUCGCACUGAACCAUCACACGAGCAAUCGUUCCUCAUCAUGGCUGAGAACGACUGUCCUGUGCCAGAAGUCGGCGAAGCACUUCGUCCAUAUAUCAAACCAAGACACGAAGUAGCCGCAAUCCGGAACGAUUUGCAACACUACUUGGCAGCUCAACUCCAAACGGACGGCCUUCCACUGCACGCAACAGCUCUUCUCCAACCACUGACAACCGACCCUGGCCCUCCUCCACCAUCCCUAAGCGGAGUCCGCAAAGCCUACUGGAAAGCUCUACAAGCACACGCCCAAGCGCAAUCCAAAUGCGACUCUCUUCGAGCCGAGCUCGAGCAACUCAAGCAUCGGAGAUCCUCGGACGUCACUGGCGCAGACGCUCGAUCGGCAGCUUCGGUGAAUGAGACUUACAUCCCACUGUUGCGGCAGAAGGAGAAGCAGCGGAAGCUCAAGGCAGUCGAAAGCGCUUAUCUGCAGAUUCAUGCUACGGGCGAGGACUUGUCCUCAACUAGCUCUGUGGACGACGUGGUGAAGAAGCACAUCGGCGAGCUACCGAACCCACCCAGCGCUCAGCUACCUUUCGGCCAACCUGAUUCAGAAGCGGAAGCAAAGAUUCUAGAAUUGAAGAAGGCACUCAUCUCCUCUACGCACAGAGCCGACGAGCGCAGAAAGGACAUGGCUUCAUCGGCGCUGGAUCGUACACCGGACUUCUCACCUCGCGCUCAAAUCGCCGGACUACAAGCCGCCCUGCACACGCUGACAACAUGGAUGGAAACCCAACUAGCAACAAUCUCGAGCGCGGAGCCCAGCACCCCAGCUAUGGAGCACAGCACAACAAACAACUCUCCCCAUCCCACCCCCAGGCCCGCCGACAUCGAAAGACAGUACGCAAAAUACAUCGAAGCCCGCAAACGGCUAACAGCCCUGCUCAACAAUCCUCCAACUCCACCACCAGAAUCAGACACAACCACCCUCCUCCAAUCGCCAACCAGCACCCAGAAAAAAGACCCAACCCAUCUCCCCCAAUCAGCCCCCGAAAUCAUCCUCCCCCACCUCCCCACCCUCACAAAAGCAAAACAGAAAGAACACCACCUCACGCACCAAACGGCCCUCACCCGCCGCCACCUCGCGCUCGCAGAAGCAGAGACAGCCCGCCUAAUGCAACGUCUAGCAGACGAGAGCCACCUCGUGGAAGCCGGGAGGUCGCAAACGCCGCGGGGCGAGGAGUGGGCUCGCGCGGCGGGAGAAGCGGGCGACGCCACGGCCGAGUUUGUUCGUGGGCGGGUGCAAGUUGGGGAGAAGGCGGUGGGAGGGGCGAGGGGGGCGUUGGAGGGGAUUGAGGGGUUGCCGGGGAUUGUGGAGCGGGUUUUUUAGGGGGGUGGGUAAGGGUGGAGUUUUGUUUCAUGCGUGUGGCGGGCGGUAUGAAGCCGUGUUCCGUCCUUAUGCUAGACAGUUCACUUGAUACGAGCACGCAAUGUAAGAACCGCUCUAUAGAUAAACCACCCAGCCCAUCGCCCAAUACCCGAGAUAAAAACGAAGAAAUCAAAGCGAUUCGCUUUCUUGCUUGC